AUGGUUGGCACUCCUCGCGCUGUCCCCCCUAUGGUCCACCUCUUCUCCGGCGCCUACACCUAUCCUGUGGAGGAGUUCGUAGCCAUUGCCGACGCGAGCAUGGCAGCGGCACCAGACUACUACUGCACUCCUGAGCGUAAGCGUGCCUACGUUGUUGCUGCUCUCACUGGUCGUGCUCGGCUCUGGUUCACGAGGUGGUCGCAGCACCAUCUUUCGGCAAGUCACGAGGAGUUCCGCUCCGCUCUGCUCGAAGAGUUCCACAUUAACGACACGCCGACCGAGCACCAGAAGUUCCGUCAUUUGACGCAGGGUCUCUCGACCGUUGCCUGCUACGCGCGAGACUUUGAGUCCGCCGCCGGCCGCAGCAAGGAAGAGGUCGAUACACAGUUCAACCGCCUCCGUUUCGCAUACGGCCUCAGCCCGCACAUCAGCGACUACGUCCUCGAGCGUUUUGCUGAUUGCCCUACUUUUAAGGACCUCGUCAAUGAGGCAGGUCUUGUUGAGGAGCACUUCAAAGCCAUCCCGUCGAGCGGUAGCGACAGCGGGGCAUAA